UAACCUAACCUACACUUUGCGCGCGUGUUCAGAGUGUUCCGACUUCAGAGCUUACAGAGUUCAGACUUUCAAGACUAAUCAGACUCGCUCAUUUAGUCUUCCACUGGGUUUUCUCUUCGGUCUCUCGGUGUUCGUCAUUAUGUGGAACGAGAGCUCCGCGGGCGGUGGAGGUGGAUUUCUGGACGACAGCACCACGCAGGCCGGUACCGCCAAGAAAACAAACAAUGAGAAGAGCAUCGUCCCCGUGCUGAUAAAACACAUCACGUCCACCACGGGAGACCUGCAGAUCGCCGGCAGAACCGUGAAUAUUCUGUCGAUCGUCGGAAUCGUACGUCACAUCGAGCAGGACACGACAAAAAUCUCGUACACUAUCCAGGAUGACACAGGUACCCUUACAGCUGUCAUGUGGCUAGAAGCAGAUAAGAAUCCUGCGGAAAGUAACAAUGAUAUACAAGUUAACACAUACGUGCGAGUUCACGGGCUGAUUCGUGCACAAAAUAACAAACGAAAUGUCUUGAUCCUACGUAUGCAUCCUCUGGAGGACUUGAACGAACUGACGUGCCACUUUAUGGAGGUCAUGUGUUUCAUAUUGACGGCCAGCAAACCCACGGAAGAGUCCUUACCACCUACCAACAAUUCAUUGAUGGUUGACAGUACGAUGAGUGGAAUGUCGCCUGAGCAAAUAGCGGUUCUCGAGGUUGUUCGAUCAGCGAACGAUUCUGAGUGCGGCAUCGAGAAACGGAAUAUUCUGGCGCAAAUACCGAAACAAAUUGUAUCCCGUCUAGAUGAGAUCCUAGACUUUCUCCUCUCCGAAGGACAUAUUUAUACAACCAGUUCAGAGGAUUUCUUUAAAGCUACCUGAGUCACGAAUUGCCUCUAAAAAAUUCGAUAUAUUUAAGGAUUACGAUCUACAUUUAUAUUAAAUAAGAAACAACGCACGUACAUUCAUGUUACUUCAUGUUUAUUGUAAUUUAUUCUCACUGUUGAUCUUAUGUUAGCUAUUAAGAAAAGUAAUACUUUUUCCUUGGCAUAAAGAGAAUAAAGCAAAUGAUACUUUUGUCUCGAAUAUAUAUCAAUGUAUUUUCGUUAAGCUUAAAGGUAUAUUUAAAUAAUAAAGCGUUCAUAUAUAAUAAAAAAUAUGUAUAAAAGUA